AUGGAUACAAAAAAAUAUGGUAUAAUGAAAGGAUCAAAAAAAGAAUUGGCUAUUCAAAGAUAAGAUAAAUUUAAAAGUAAUAUAAUUUAAGGAUCCAAGAAACAUCGAAUUUCAUUUAUUGAUGAGAUUGAUUAAAAACACUCUCUUGUUUAAGUGCAUGAAGUAGAAAAUUGGAAGAGUUAUAAUGUUGAGACACCUAAUCAAGAAACAAAAUAAGCAUGCGGAUGUGCAAUCAUUUGA